CACAUUAGGAAUAGUGGCAACCCAUAGAGAGAGAGAGAGAGAGAGAAAGAGGAUCAUUAUAGGCUUCACCUCAUGCAGUAGCAGAUCUGCAUACUGCAUGUAUGUGAAUUCGAAACCAGUCUACAAUCGUUCUCAUAAUUGCAGAAAGUUGCGCAGUGAAAUAUAUUGAAUUGCGAACGGAAAGAGAGAGAAAUGACAAUAAUUAACGAAAGAACAAGAACCAACCGACGGACCGAUCCAUACAAUCUUUACAGCAAUACUGAUGUGGAUGAUGUUUAUGGACAUCUGGAUCAGCAGCGUCGUCUGCUUGCACCGUCGAGAAGCGGGUUCAGUCUGACGGGUGAGGAGGGAUUCUUUCAGCAUAUUCAUCUAGACUUGUUUCCAAGCAAUGUGGAAGAAGAGGACAACGAUGAUAGUGGUGAAAACARAAGGAAAACCAACAAUGUURCUUUUAACCCGAAUUCAUCAUCAUAUUCCGAGGGAAGUCGUCACAAUCGAGUGUUCCGACGACGGGUGUUCUUAUUCUUGACGGAGCCGUCGAGUUCUUUGUUUUCCGCAUUCUUCUUCUUYUGUUUGAUUUUUGCGAUUGCUCUAUCGAGCAUGAUCAUGAUUAUGCAAACGAUGUCGUUUUUUCAGUACACGCCUACAAAGUGUCACUUUUGCGGUAGUGCAACGUUCGACACAAAUUACUACAAUGACGACGAAAUCUCAGAAUACAACGAUGGAUCCAACGACAACUAUUUGGUGGAGUGCGAGUGUCCUCCACGCCCAUCAAUGUAUCUCGAACGGAUCUUAAACCGCAUACUGCAGUUCUUUGCCGUCGAAUGGACUUUGCGAGUGCUAAGCUAUGUACCGGCGCAUCCAAAAGAAAAUGUUSUCGGCAACUUUGGGGAUUGGUUGAAGUACUUAGCAUCCCCCGCAACUCUGAUUGAUGCCCUCGCCAUCUGGCCGCAUUUUAUGGAACGUCUACAUGUACCUGGGCUCAUAAGUUUGCGGCUGCUGAGACUUUUUCGAGUCUUUCAAUUGCUUCGAUUGGGAUCCUACAAUUCCAUGUUUGUUAGUCUAACCACUGUCUUGUCGAAAAGCAUGGAAUUUUUGAAGCUGUUGAUAGUCAUCGUGUUUUUCGGUGCAACCAUAUUUGGUAGCCUCAUGUAUUGGUAAGUGGAUGGCGAAKAUUUAUGAAUGGAAAAAACAGUGUCUCUCAAUUUCAGUUAAUGGACUCUCACCGCGAACAAAUACUUCACAGGUUGGAACAAGGGGAGUGGAAGGUGAGCUCUUCUCUUUGGUUGGCCUACAUAUUAUCAUUCGUUUGUAUUCUUUUCGUUCCCUAGCGUUUUAUUUUCAAUUUUUCUUUUGUUCACGGUCAUUGGUCUAUGACGCUAUCCGUUUCUUUUCAAUCGUUAAUAAACUCGUCUAAUAAGUAUUGGGAACCUACGGGUAACUUUCAAUACAUACGAAUGAGGAUCGAUGGGGAAACCGAAGAAAUAUCACCUUUUACAUCAAUCCCAACUGCCUUUUGGUGGUUUGUCGUCACGGCAACCACAGUAGGGUACGGAGGUAAGAAAAMAUGARAUUUCCAUYYACCUAAGUCACUCCGUGCUCACGAUCGUUUUCGCAUUCAUGCUCUCGUUGGUUGCCUUAGAUUACUAUCCAACUAGUGUGGCAGGGAUGUGGGUUGGCACGGUUGCUAUGCUAACUGGGGUCUUGGUCGUGGCAUUUCCAGUGAGUGUAUUCAGCGAAAUUUGGUCAAAGGAAUUGAAACAAGUCCAUGGUUUGCAGUCUUUGUUCCGAGAGAGUAAUGCAAGCGGUUCUGACGAUGAAAAUGGCAACGAUUCGAAUGAGAACUUCGAGCGAGAGUGCAAGGACAGAGGGGACCGUCGACGUCUGCGAGAUCAAUACCAACCAAUCUAUUCGGAACCGGAAUCUUCCUCGCGCAAUUCGACCCGUGUCAUCAUGGACAGCGAAGAUUUGAAUGAUAUUCUCUCGUCCAUCUACACCAUACAGCAAGAACAACGCCACAUCCAAAAGGUUUUAAAAAAAUACUAUGUCCAUAAAGAAUAAAAUACGUUCUUCAGUUCUUGACUACACAGCUACAAGCUUCCUAUGAUGAAUUGUGAAUUCUAUAUACAUAUAUGUAUAUACUAGACAACAAAUCAAUCCCAAUUUUUWACGAAUAUCAUAAAUGACGGGGGACAAUUAUUACCAUAGUGAAGUUUUGGCAAGAAAUUCACUUAGUAAUUCCAAAGUAUCGAACCAAUUUUCUGACCGUGUCUGUAUGCUUUAUCCGAAUUCUUGUUGCAUCAAUACGAGUUUUUUGUUACAAGUGCGGAGGGUGCAUCUAUUAGAUGUCCCUAAAUUUUUUCUUCGGUAGUCCGCAGUGUUACAGUUAAUACUAGUAAUUAUCUUUCUUAACAUUACAGCAUUAAAAAUUUACUUCUAAAAGAGUACUGUACGUUGUAGGAAGUACGAAGUACAGUACUUCGUACAAGUACUUCACAACUUUACCACCACCGUAGAAACGUCUUGUUCUCUCAACUCUUCACUACUGAACAUGACAAUUAUUUUCUUGCAACGACUYUUUCCCAAGCUGAAAAGACUGAAAAGACAAAAGACGCUCUGGGUCAUCAGGAUUGUGGUCAUAAUAAUAAUAGUGUUGGAUUACAGGCAUUCGAAACUACAUUGAUGAUGAUAAUGCUGUCGUAACGAGACACAAUUUUGAAUAUUAUGCCCCGUCUGAAGUCAUUCACAAUUAGGCAGAUUCACGACCUAACUAAUUACUGUAAAACUAGUUCCAAUUGCUUGGCACUCGUGCUAGUUUUACUGUAAUUAAAAUGUGGAAUAUCGAAUCGGCGCCAUCUCUUCGACAGACAGUAAAUAUACGAGUAGGAUCGUAAGGUACUCGAACUCAGACUCAGAUUCAAAACGUGAMGUGCAAAACACAUUGGGUACCAGUGUCGUUGUCACUUGUCAAUUSUCAGUAUUAUUCAAUAUUCUUUCUGAUACGGUAGAAGCAUAAAUUAAUUUAUUUUCUUGCUUACCAAAGCACAAGAAGACACAACGACKACACAAGCCAAAACAGAAAGUUAAGGCAGACAGGCGGACAAGAGACGAUAAGGAUGCCACGCCGUGCGUUACCUCCUCCAACUUCUUAUAUCUAUCUMGGUCUCGUGUUGCUUCUAUCCUUCGAUUAUCUUGCAGUUGCAGACACUCGGGUUCAUCGACGCGAUGAGGUGACUGGUCACAUUCCUUCGACACACGAAGAGAUCCUGUCUAGGCGAGAAGAACACCACGAUAUAUUCUCUUCUCGUCUCCAAGAGAUCGCUAGGCAACUAGAUCUCCAUGAAAGCGGCGAGAGRCUUCUGACAGAAAACGAGUACAAUCGAUUUAAUCGGAAGAAGAAGGCAUUUGAAAACAAAUUGGAGGAGUUGAGUCGAGURUUUGACGAGAGACACUCUAGAAGGAUAAUGGACCGUGAAGAAUUACUCAAUGAGAUGACGAAAGCCCGCAUCAAACGUACAAGGGGAGAGCUAUAACAAAGUCAGGCGCAUWCUUCAAAAAGAAAUGUAUGUAGAGGAUGCUUAUGGUACAUUGCGGAAUAAUUCAUGAUUCUUCACUACUUUGAGUGCAGAUUUGUGUUUACGUACAAUGAAUCAAAUCCCAUACAUCAGUAGUCCGAUAUCCAUUGGUUUUGCACUGAAUAUUCGUAGCAAUCAUAAAUCCGAGAAGAAUCACAAUAAACAAUUUAACCCGYC